AUGUCCAACGAUAAAGCGCCCGUGGCCGACCAGGCCGAGUUCAACGCCUACUUCCCCUCGCCCUUUUCCCUGACGCAGUACGUCGGCCCCAAGACGGACUUUGACGGCGCCGACUACCCCAACGCCUACAAGGGCGGCAAGUGGAAGGUGCUCCUCAUCGGCACGCAGGAGCGCUACCUGCCCAUGGCCGACGGCAAGUUCUUCUCCACCGGUAAUCACCCGGUCGAGCUGCUGCUGCCGCUGCUGCACCUCGAUGCGGCGGGCUUCGACGUCGACGUGGCCACGCUCUCGGGCGACCCCGUCAAGUUUGAAGUCUGGGCCUUUCCCACCGAGGACGACGCGGUCAAGAAGAUUUACAAGAAAUACGAGGACAAGCUCCGCAAGCCCAUCAACCUGGAAGAGCUGUGGUCCAAGGAGGGCGGCUUCAGCAGCAAGACCCCGUACCUGGGUGUCUUCAUCCCCGGCGGCCACGGCGUGCUCAACGAUGUGCCCUUCUCCAAGCUCGUCGGCGACGUGCUGCGAUGGGCGCACUCCAACGAGCGCUACUACAUCACGCUCUGCCACGGCCCCGCGAGCAUGCUCGCGGCGGACGUCGGCAAGCCCGCGGGUAGCAAGUUUAUCUAUGAUGGCUACGAGAUUGUCGUCUUCCCAGACUCGCUCGACAAGGGCGCCAACAUUGACAUUGGCUACAUUCCCGGCAAGAUGCAGUGGCUGGUUGGCGAGUCGCUGCAGAAGCUCGGCGUCAAGACGCUCAACGACGGAAUCACCGGCCAGGUCCAUCGCGACCGCCUCCUGCUGACGGGUGACUCACCGUUGGCGUCCAACAACCUCGGAAAACUCGCCGCCAAGACUCUCCUGGAGGAUGUUGCGAAGCGUGGUUAA